AGAGAGAGAAAGUCAGGGACAGGCAGUGCUGAAAAGGAGAGCACAAAGAGAAGGAAAGUGGAGCAGGGGAGGGGAACCGGAGGCUGGGAGAAGGGAGAGAGAGGCUGGGAGAGGGAAAGACAAAAGAAGGAGAGGGAGACAUAGCAGGGUGAACGGAGGGGACUGAGCAAAUGGCUACGGAGGAGACGGCGGGGGGAGCCAGGAAAGCCACCAAGAGCAAACUGUUUGAGUUCCUGGUCCAUGGAGUGCGUCCUGGCAUGCCGUCUGGAGCGAGGAUGCCCCACCAGGGAGCUCCCAUGGGUCCCCCCGGCCCACCGUAUGGAGGGAGCCCAGCGGUGCGGCCUGGUCUUUCCACCCCGGUGAUGGAACCUAGCCGUAAGAGACCUGCCCCCUCCCAACAGGUCCAACAGCAGCAGCAGCAGCAGCAACAACAACAGCAGCAGCAGCAGGCCGUCCAGAACCGGGCCAGAAAGAAGCCAGUUGGAUUCCCUGGAGCCAAUGAGAUGCCGGCGAGGCAGAUGGACUUGAGAGAGCCCCAGUCAGAUCCCACGCUCGGAUCAAAUGCUAAGAGAAGGAAAAUGGCAGACAAGAUUCUUCCGCAAAGGAUCCGCGAGCUGGUCCCUGAGUCUCAGGCUUACAUGGAUCUGCUAGCAUUCGAGCGCAAGCUGGACCAGACCAUCAUGAGAAAACGUGUGGACAUCCAGGAAGCACUGAAGAGACCAAUGAAGCAAAAGCGUAAACUGAGACUUUACAUAUCCAACACCUUUAAUCCAGCCAGGCCUGAUGCUGAUGACUCCGACGGCAGCAUUGCAUCAUGGGAACUGCGAGUAGAGGGAAAAUUGUUGGAUGAUCCAGGGAAGCAAAAGAAGAAGUUCUCUUCAUUUUUUAAGAGCUUGGUGAUCGAACUGGACAAAGACCUGUAUGGUCCUGACAACCACCUGGUUGAGUGGCAUCGCACACCCACCACCCAAGAGACAGAUGGCUUCCAGGUGAAGCGGCCGGGAGACGUGAGCGUUCGCUGCACCCUGCUGCUGAUGCUGGACUACCAGCCUCCCCAGUUUAAACUAGACCCGCGCCUGGCUCGCCUGCUUGGCAUCCACACUCAGACUCGCUCAUGCAUCAUUCAGGCGCUCUGGCAGUACGUCAAGACCAACAAACUGCAGGACUCCCACGAUAAGGAGUACAUCAACUGUGACAAGUACUUCCAGCAGAUUUUUGACUGCCCUCGGCUGAAGUUCUCUGAGAUCCCACAGCGCCUCACUAACCUCCUUUUACCGCCUGACCCCAUCGUCAUCAACCAUGUCAUCAGCGUGGACCCCAACGACCAGAAAAAGACGGCGUGCUAUGACAUCGACGUGGAGGUUGAAGAUCCGCUGAAGAGUCAGAUGAGCAGCUUCCUCCUGUCCACCGCCAACCAGCAGGAAAUCGCUUCACUGGACAACAAGAUCCAUGAGACCAUUGAGUCCAUCAACCAGCUCAAGAUCCAGAGGGAUUUCAUGCUGAGUUUCUCCAGAGAUCCCAAAGGCUACAUCCAGGACUGGCUGAAGUCCCAGAGCCGUGACCUCAAGUUGAUGACUGAUGUGGUGGGAAACCCUGAAGAGGAGAGGAGGGCGGAGUUUUACCAUGAGCCCUGGUCUCAGGAAGCCGUCAGCCGCUAUUUCUACUGCAAGAUCCAGCAGAGGAGGCAGGAGCUGGAACAGGCAUUAGCUGUCCGUAACACCUAAGUAAAGCCCCUCCGGAACUCCGGCUGAUAUAAGAGUGACGUGUACGUUUGAAUAGAACAUGGGCGUGGGAGUGUCAAUGCUGUCGUGUGAAAACCUCAUACCUUUAAAAUGUGGACACAAUGACUUUCAUUGUGGAGAAUCACACCUUCCUUACUCUUACUGUUGGACCCGCCUCCUUCAAAUAAAUAAAUUGCAGCCAUUUAGACCGCGACAGUAAUUGUAAAUUGCUUGGACUCAUGAGGAUUUCCCCAAUGAGGAGAAAUACUUGUAUACAAUCAAAAUGUAAGAUUCCAUGUGAAUAUUUUACAUUAGACUCCGUUGUGGUGAAGUAACAUGAAUUUGUUCACUACCAAUGACACAUAAGAUUUUGUAAAUUACUGCUGUAUUGACUGAGCUGCUUCAAAAACAUUUCACUACAGUUUGCAUUUAGUUUUAAGACAAAACUUGAUAGUAGAAAUGCAUUCCUUUCAAGUAAAUAACUUAUUUAGGUAGCAACGUAGCUUGCUAACUAGCCUAGCCCAGUUCUUGGCUCGCUACGCCUGCUAGCUUGACUAGUUAGCAAGUGCCCAUCUCCAAAACAAACUUGUUUGGCUUCUUUAACUGAUACCAUUAGCAUGCUGCCCAGUUAGCGAUUUUUAUAAUUUGACCUCUUAAUUAUUUAUAUAUCAUGAUGAACGCUAUACUGAAAACACAAUAGCAUUAAGGCUAAACUAAGGGUACCUUUGAUUUUCCACUAAAUUGACAAAAAUUUAUUUUGUUUUGAAAUCCACUUCUUAGAAACCACCUUUACUUCUGCAGUAUAUUGCAAAUUUACAGCUAAUUUUAUUACUGGUAAAAUAUUUAUUUUUAACUUUCAGACCUCAGAUUACCUUAGACAGUCUGACCAUGUAAAACGUUAGUCUUCCCGGUGAAUCAUGUAAAAACACUCUCCCUGUAACUGAUGCUAAUUUUGAGGACUGACACAAUAGACCGGUGUGAAUGUUGUUUUAUCUGUCCAGCAGAUAUCCAGCAAAAGAUUUUAUCAUGUGUUCUUCCCAGCAGAAUAUCUGGUCAUCUAUAUUUACUAGCUGUGUAUAUUGCUUUCUUCUGUCUAUAGUUUUAGUGGGGGUUUUUGGGGGGCAUGGGGAGCACAUUGUCACAGUUGAAGUGGUAUAAUGCAAUCUGGAACCUCACCACUAGAUGACACUAAAUCCUACACACUGUAGCUUUAACUAAUCCAAUCUUCUUCCAGAUCUGUGUGCAGCUAUGUUUCUCUCAAAUAUCCCUACAGGUCCUGCUCUGACCUGGAUUCAUUACUUUUUAACCAUUUAUAUCUUUGGAGAACCAGUUUUAAAAGUAUUAACAAACGAGUGUUUAAUAUUAAUAUGUAAACCAAGCCACGGGGUUUAGAUUUGGUUUGGGACAAUAAAUAAUUCAUCAUCAUUUUCCCACUUCACAGGAUUUAUAGAAAUUAUUGCAUAUAAAAAUAUCAUAACCUGUUUAAAACUGUUGCAACCUUUUGGGGAAAAAAAAAAUUGCAAAUAUAUCACUUUUUAAAAUAAAAAAUAAUGCAACUGUAGUAAAUAUAAGCUCUGUGAAAGCCUGUGGGAAGUGAUUAAUGAACGUGUGUGGAUUUGUAAGACAUGCGAGGUUAGACAGUUGCCCCAAAUCAUACUAUUCGAAUGAAUGAAUGUUUAUCCCAGAAUCUGUAAUUGAACAUACCACAAAACGACCUCUUUUGUCAUAGCAUCUGUAAAUCCAGUUUUUUUUUGUUUUGUUUUUUUACACCUGAAAGUUUUUUUUUUUUGUUGUGCAGCAGUGCCACGUGUGCCGUUUCCAAACAAGAACAAUGCCAGGACGGGGGAAAACUAGAAUUUUGAGGUUGAUAUUUUGCCUUUGAAUGAUGAACAUUUACAAUAUGCAGGAAAUAAAAGGGGAGGGAUUGUGGGGG